AGUCCCGUCAGCUUCCGGUAGAAGAGCUCGGCCACAUCCCGGCCACCGCUGUCCCCUCGUACUGACCAGGUGGAAGGACAGUUAAGAAACCGGUGAUACAGGCUGGCUCGGGGACACUACUCCCACCCAGCCCCGCCAGCCCCUGCCCCGGGUCAAGGAUACGGUCUUUGUAGAUGAGCGGGUCCCCCUUGGAGGACAGAAUGAAGAACUGGGAAAUCAUGGCCGUUCUGGAGAGUAGUCAAGGUGACAACGCUGCGAAAACUGGGUCCUCUCCGCACUGCGGCCUCGGAACAACAGGAGGAGUGAGGGUCGGUCCUUUAGGAAUGACUCCUCCGGCCGCGCCAGCCGGGACCGUGGGGGUACUGCGCCCUCCCCACCCGGCUCGGCCUUCCCACCCGCCCCUCCGGCCCCCCUCCCCACGCCCCAGGCUGCGCCGGUGAUUGGCCGAAGCAUGGGACAAGGACGGCGACGGACCGUGCUCUCCGAUUGGCCCGCAUGGGGCGGCGCCGGUCACGUGGGGAGCAGACGUUUCGCGCCAAUUUCGGUUGCUCCGCCGCAGUCUACCGCGCGGGAGUUCUUUGCUUCUGGCAGCGCGAGCCCCUCGGUCAGCUAACUGCUGCCGCGCGCACUCGGCAGCAAUGGCACAUAAGGACUACGCGCUCGAGAAAGAUAAGGUUAAGAAGUUCUUGCAAGAGUUUUACCAAGAUGAGGAAUCUGGGAAGAAGCAGUUUAAGUACGGGAACCAGUUGGUUCAGCUGGCUCAUCGGGAACAAGUGGCACUGUACGUGGACCUGGAUGAUGUCGCGGAGGAUGACCCUGAGUUGGUGGACUCGAUUUGUGAGAAUGCCAAGCGCUAUGCGAGGCUUUUUGCCGAUGCUGUACACGAGUUGCUGCCUCAGUACAAGGAGAGGGAGGUAGUGAAUAAAGACAUCCUAGAUGUUUACAUUGAACAUCGACUAAUGAUGGAACAGCGGAGCCGGGACCCUGGAGCUGCUCGCAGCCCCCAGAACCAGUACCCUCUGGAACUUAUGCGCAGAUUUGAGUUGUACUUUCAGGGCCCAAGCAGUAACAAGCCUCGUGUGAUUCGGGAAGUACGGGCUGACUCAGUGGGGAAGUUGGUAACGGUGCGUGGAAUUGUCACCCGUGUUUCUGAAGUUAAACCCAGGAUGGUGGUGGCCACUUACACUUGUGAUCAGUGUGGGGCAGAGACCUACCAACCGAUCCAGUCUCCAACUUUCAUGCCCCUGAUCAUGUGUCCAAGUCAGGAGUGCCAAACCAACCGCUCUGGAGGGCGACUGUAUCUGCAGACUCGUGGCUCCAAAUUCAUCAAAUUCCAGGAGAUGAAGUUACAGGAACAUAGUGACCAAGUUCCUGUGGGCAACAUUCCCCGGAGCAUCACAGUGUUGGUAGAAGGAGAGAACACAAGGCUCACCCAGCCUGGAGACCACAUCAGUGUCACUGGUAUAUUCUUGCCAAUUCUGCGUACUGGCUUCCGACAGGUGGUACAGGGUCUUCUCUCAGAGACUUACUUGGAAGCCCACCGGAUUGUGAAGAUGAAUAAGAGUGAGGAUGAUGAAGCUGGGGCUAUGGAGCUAAGCAAGGAGGAGCUGAGGCAGAUUGCAGAGGAGGAUUUCUAUGAAAAGUUGGCUGCUUCCAUCGCUCCGGAGAUAUAUGGGCAUGAAGAUGUGAAGAAGGCACUUUUGCUCCUGUUGGUGGGAGGUGUGGACCAGUCUCCUCGAGGCAUGAAGAUAAGAGGGAAUAUCAACAUCUGCCUGAUGGGGGAUCCUGGUGUGGCCAAGUCUCAGCUCCUGUCUUACAUUGAUCGCUUGGCCCCCAGAAGCCAGUACACAACAGGCCGGGGCUCCUCCGGAGUGGGCCUGACAGCAGCUGUGCUGCGAGACUCUGUGACUGGUGAGCUGACCUUGGAGGGUGGGGCCCUCGUGCUGGCUGACCAGGGCGUGUGCUGCAUCGAUGAGUUUGACAAGAUGGCCGAGGCUGACCGCACAGCCAUCCACGAGGUCAUGGAGCAGCAAACUAUAUCCAUUGCCAAGGCAGGCAUUCUCACCACACUCAAUGCCCGCUGCUCCAUCCUGGCUGCUGCCAAUCCUGCCUAUGGGCGCUAUAACCCUCGCCGGAGCUUGGAGCAGAACAUACAACUUCCUGCUGCACUCCUCUCCCGGUUCGACCUCCUCUGGCUGAUCCAGGACCGGCCUGACCGAGAUAAUGAUCUCCGGUUGGCCCAGCAUAUCACCUACGUGCACCAGCACAGUCGGCAGCCCCCAGCACAGUUUGAACCUUUGGAUAUGAAGCUUAUGAGACGUUACAUAGCUAUGUGCCGUGACAAGCAGCCCACAGUGCCAGAGUCUCUGGCUGACUACAUCACAGCUGCCUAUGUAGAGAUGAGGCGAGAGGCUUGGGCUAGUAAGGAUGCCACCUAUACUUCAGCCCGGACCCUGCUGGCCAUUCUGCGACUUUCUACUGCUUUGGCACGACUACGAAUGGUAGACACUGUGGAGAAAGAGGAUGUGAAUGAAGCCAUAAGGCUAAUGGAGAUGUCAAAAGACUCACUUCUAGGCGACAAGGGGCAAACAGCUAGGACCCAGAGACCAGCAGAUGUGAUCUUUGCUACUGUCCGUGAGUUGGUCUCAGGGGGCCAAAGUGUCCGGUUUUCCGAGGCAGAACAGCGUUGCAUAUCCCGGGGCUUCACACCUGCGCAGUUUCAGGCGGCGCUUGAUGAGUAUGAGCAACUAAAUGUCUGGCAGGUCAACACCGCCCGGACCCGCAUCACGUUUGUCUAAUUCCCGCUGUCUGGAGACACUGAGCUC